CUCUAAUUAAUAAGAUAGAGAAAGAGAGAGAUAUUAAGCCAAAUAAGAGAGAAAGACAGAUCAUUUUGAGAGUGACACUAAAACAAACAGAUGAGAAGCCCAUUACAGCUUUCUCCAUCAAAGCAAACGCCAGGGGGUGGGGGUGGGGGUGGUUGUUCUAGCAAGAAGGCUGAUUCGGUGGCAUGUUGCAGCAACGUGGGGCUGAAGAGGGGGCCUUGGACGGCGGAGGAAGAUGAGCUGCUGGCUGCUUACAUAAAGAGGGAAGGCGAGGGAAGGUGGAGGACGUUGCCAAAGAAGGCGGGACUGCUCCGCUGCGGCAAGAGCUGCCGCCUCCGCUGGAUGAACUACCUCCGCCCCUCUGUCAAGCGCGGCCACAUCUCCCCUGAUGAAGAAGACCUCAUUCUCCGCCUACACCGCCUCCUCGGCAACAGAUGGUCCCUAAUAGCUGGAAGAAUUCCGGGUCGAACCGAUAAUGAGAUAAAGAACUACUGGAACACUCACCUCAGCAAGAAGUUGAUCAGCCAAGGAAUAGACCCGAAAACUCAAAAGCCAUUAAACCCUAAUCCCAUUGAUCAUAACCAGAAAUUAGAACAAUGUUAUGCUUCCUCAGCAAGUUAUCAUCACCAGCAUGUCCCUUUUGCCAGCGCCCUCAAAGAUGGAAAUGGAAUGAUGAGCAAAGGAGAUGGGAGCAUUAAUAGUACUACUAAUGAUGAGGAUGAGGAAGAGGCGGCUGUUGCAAUUCGCAAUAAAGAUUUGAUCAGAAACAAGAUUGAUGAUAUUGAGGGGAUGAUGAGUAGUAAAGAUGAUGAUAUGAUGAUGAAUUGCUGUGCGGAGGAUGCAUUUUCUUCCUUCUUGAAUUCGUUGAUCAAUGAUGAUGUGUUCAAUAAUCAGCAUCAAGAUGAUCAUGAGGAGGAGCAACAUCUUGACAUAUAGCAUGCAGCAGCCCCCAAUAACUCCAACGUCCACGCCAUGUCGUCUACCUAAUUAUUAAUUAAUCAUGACUAGCUACGUACUUUAUAUAUAUAUAUAUUCUGGAUUGUUCAUUAUGAUCAGCUGGUGCUAAUUCCAUAUCAAUGAAUAGCUAAGCUAGCAAGUUAGAAAUUGAG